UGUCUUGCUGAGAACUGCACUCUGGGCUCAAUUAUGAUUCACCGCAGUGGCAGCUGGUGAACACAAGCCAUUCUGAAAGAGUACAGCUCAGUUAUCUUCACAACAAGCAGCAACUGAAGCUAACUGGGAGAGACUAGGUAGGGCGAUGCAGUCAGUGUUUGUCCAGUUUGAGAGGCUGUUGGCGGAGAGAGUGGAACAGAACAUGUCCGCAAGGCGAGCUGCUCCCGAGCAGCACCACAAUAUUAUCACCAUCUCCUGUUUGUUUUACAGGCAGAAGGUGUCAUGUUAACGAUCAGGGUUCAAACAGCCGUCACAUGAACUUUUGUUUCAGAAAGGUUCCUUCACAGGAUGUGAGAGUUGCUGGCUAGCCUGCCAUUAAUUGCCCGUCCCCUAAUUACCCUGGAGUAGGCAGUGUGUGUUGUCCCUGUGCUCUGGGUUGACCCACAAGGCUGUUAAGGAGAGAAACCCGGGAUUUUGACCCAGUGACUGUGAAGGAACGGCGGAAUAUUGCCAAGCCCGGACGGCUAUUUCCAGAUGUACAGGCGAGCGUUCCUGAGGCCAGGCACGAGGACUUGUGCAGCAGCUGGUGACAUUGGCGUCUGUCAGAGGGACAGCCACAGAACCAUGGGUACCUCGGAGUGAGCUCAGGGGUCCAGGAGCAAGGGACGGAGUUGAAUGAGAUCCUGCCAGGGACUGGACUGUGGAACGCCACGACAUGCAGUCAUACCGGGAGCAGAGCAGUUACCACGGAAACCAGAGGCUCCUUCACCAAGAGGCUCAGGAGUCUCCCCGAUUGGACAGCUACAGCCAGCACCACCAGGGCCCCCUCUUCAGCGGCUACGCCAACCGGCCAGGCGGCGAGGGCUGUGACCAGCAGCUGUACCCGGGCUUCCGCAGGGAGCCCACCGAUUACUACUACCCCAGGGCCAAGGACCUAACCGGGCCCCAGGCCCAGCGAAGGCUGCCCGGGCCUUUGCAGAGCGGGUAUGGGGCACAGCAGGCAGGAGGCUACUCCGUGCAGUACCUGAGCGAGGGUCAGUGGAGGGCACCUCACUCCGCCACCAUGUCAGGCUACGGCCAGUUUGACCAGGAGGCCUACACUGGUCAGUUUUCACCCGGCAGUGUGCAGCAGCAGCAGCAGCAGCAGCUACGACACCAGGCCUUCCAAGCUCCCCUUGGCUCCCAGACGGUGGCCCAGCCUUCUCCCUCCGCCGCCCACCACCCCCAGCAUUCCCACCAGCCCAGCCCGGCCCUGUUAGCCAAGUAUCAGCAACGGGUGGCUCAGUAUAACCCCCAGCAGUUCCAGACUGCUGUAUCCUCAUCCUCCUCAUCCUCCUCUUCUUCUUCUUCCUCUUACCUGUCACCUCAAGGCUACAGCCAGCCCCCGGGGCAGGCUUUCGAUAGUUACCAUGUCAACGCCGGUGCCCAGUGCGAUGGCUACAUGGUUAACACCACGACUGCCCCCAGCUACGGGACCCAAGCGGGUUAUAGCUACCAGGCACCAAUGGGCAAGGCCUGUUUCGAACAAUCAAAGGCAGGCCAGGGUCAGCAGCCUGGGCCUCAGGCCCUGCAGUACCCCAGUGCGGCCAAGGUGCCCUUGGGGAACCAGCAGUUCGCCCCCUACUGUUCAGCCGACAUUCCCGUCAAAUCGCCCAUGCCCUUCCACCAGAACUUCAGCCCGAGUUCCAACGCCUCCCCGGCCACCCCAGUGGCCCAGUCCCCGUCGUGUAGCUCCACCCCUUCCCCUCUGGUGGUAAGCAGCGAGAGCCUGCAGUGUGGGCCGGGCGCCAUGGGCAUGAGGGGCCGGGUGGUACCGCUCAUGCCCCAGCCCAGUCCCACCCCGGCGGGCCUGAUGCCGAGCCCCGGCUCGCAGCCUGUGGCCUACGAGGGGUUUGGGUUGGAAGGCGGGGCUGAGAAACGCCCCUCAGACUUGGGCCAGAGCAGCCUGACGGCCCUGAGCUCCCAGGUGGCCAACAUCCCCAACAGAGUGCAGCACCUGCUCAUCUCCGACACCUUGGCGUUACACCGACGGCAGGGCCGGCGGCCCAACAAGAGGCCAGGCCCAGGAGGCCCGCCCGAGCACCAGGGCCUCGAGGAACCACUGAAAUCACCGCAGGCCGAGUCCUUGGACGGGGCCUGCUCGAGUUCAUCUGAGGACCCCGCGGAGAGAGUUCGUCAGCUCAGCGGGCAGAGCGGCACCUCGGAGCGAGGCUACAAGGCCCACAACCCAGACACCGUGCCCACUGCCACCUGCUCGCCAGCAAGUUCCAUCGGUGACAGCGCCGGCCGGCCCCUCUCCAAGGAAGAGGUCAUUGCCCAGAUGUGUCGGGAUGGUAAAGGCAACGCCGUGCCACCACUGACAGAGCAAGGCCUGGCCCGCAGCGAGAAGCCUGUCGGAGUGAUCGUCGCCCGGGAGACCAUGGCCGCUCGGGGCAAUGCCAUGGCUCUCGGGGGCCAAGGGGAGGAGCACCCGCAGCAGAACGCCUUCCUCACCGGCGGCGAGAAAGAACCCGGCCUCCAGCAGCAACUAAGCAACGCCCGCAACAUCAUGGCACCUUCAACGACCCCGAACGGGAACGGGCUGGGGGUGCACCAGGGCCAGGUGGCGCUCAGUGACCCCCUGGCCACAAGGAUGGACACCUCCAAGUCCCCUGGCUACUUGGCGUACGGGCUUCGCGAUGUGCCCAAGGGCGAUGGCCAAUACCACUACAUGCAGUACCCAGCAGCCAGUUACGGUCACCCAGGGCCCGAGCAGUUUGGUCUGGGAGACGGGAAGGUGCACCCGGGAAAGCCUGACAAGAGCCACAGUUUGCUGCAAGAGGCUUUGCAGGCCACCUAUCAUGGGAGGAAGUUCCACCCGGCUUACGCUCCAGAGGAUCAUUACCCAGGCUUCCUGGAGAGCCCAUUGCAGCCCGUCAGGCAGAUGAUCGAGUUGACCAGGAAAGGGGGACAUAACAACAGCCUGGCCUCUCCCCCGGGCUGGGGGGAGUCGAGGACUCCCGGCCCAGGCUUCAGCCUGGAGCUGAGCAAGGCCGACCAUGAGCCUCCAUACGAGCCCGGGGCCGCCGAGAGGAAGUCAGUCAUCUGUGAUGUCUCCCCUUCGAGACCCUUCGGUCACGGGCCUUUACCCCCGGGCUGCGGGCAAGGGCAGGAGCGGGAGCUGGGCCGCAGCUUGAAGGCAGCUCGGGCCUGCAAGACCGGCCAGACGGUUAUCCAGGCCGGAGUCUACAUGGGGGCAGAUGGGAAGGCCAAGGGGCUGAUGGAGCAGCAUCAGGGUCAACUGAGGAGCCUGGGGCAGUACGACAGCAGGGAGCCCCACUGGAAAUACGACUCAUUUGAGCUGGCCCGGUCUUCAGCGCUGGUCUCCAUGCCAAUGUCGAUGGGAUCCUCCAGCACCCUGCUCCAUCAUGCCCUCAACAGUCGACCCUCGAGGGGUCGGAGACCCUGCGGACGGGCAGGAGGUAGAGCCGGGGUGAGGAGGAGAGCGCCAACUCGGACAGACGACAAAGCUCUGAUGGCCAGGGCCCCCCUGAUCAAACAGGAGGAGGCGCUGGGCUCCAGGCUGCCUGGAUUCCUGGGCCGCGCCGGAGAGCAUCUGCCCAUCUUGCCUUGCGCUAGUGCCCCGCACCCUCCCUCCUCGCACUCCGAGACACUCUCCUCCCUGCUGACCAAACAAGAUGGCCCCCGGUUGUCCAUACUGACAGAAAACCAUGCAACAAGUGAUUGCUCUGAAAUAUCUCUGUGGAGACGAGAUGUUGACAGUUAUCCUUAUAACAAAUUCAAAAUCAGUGCUAAACCAGAAAGCUUUAUAAACAGGUGUAAGGAGACAGCCUGGAGAGAAUUAAUUUUGAUAGAGAUACAAACUAUUCAGGUCAGUCCCUGA